AUGAGCUAAAAAAACGAACUAAAAUUAGGUUCUUAUGAAAUAUUAGCAGGAAUAGAUUAUUCUGCACGUCCGCCUGUAGCUCCUUCUUAUAUAUUUUUAAUAGAUGUAAGUAAAGGAAAUUAGGAAAUACUAUAAACAAUAUCUUAAGUUCUCCGAGAGUUAAUUCUUGAAGGAAAUAUACCUGGUGGUGAGCGUAAAUAAUUCGGUUUUAUUACAUAUGAUAAGGACGUUCAUUUAUAUAGGCUAAAAUAUAAUUUAAAUUAGCCUUAAAUGGUUGUUUUAUCAGAUUGGGAAAAUUAAGAUUAAGAUUUACCUUUUUACGAAGAUUUAGUUGUGAGUUUGGACACAUGUUAAGAUUUAAUUUUGUGUUUAAUAGAGUCUUUACCAAAAUUAUUUAUAGAAAAUUAAGUUAAGUUUUCGAAUAUAAGUAAUGCAAUUUAAGUAGCAGUAAAAAUUUUCAAGCAUAUAGGAGGAAGGCUUUUAAUAUUUUAACAUAAUUAAAUUAAAGAAGAAGAAAACAGAUAAGUAAAUAAUGAUAAUUAUUACAGAGAAAGUAAUAAUACAUUUUUUAAGGAUAUUAGUAAAGAAAUUUAAUAGUAUUUUAUAUGUCCGUCAAUUUUCGUGUUUUCCGAAAGUUUCAUAAAUAUUAUUAAUCUAUUGGAUUUUACAAAAUAUUUAAAUGGAGAUAUUUUCUAUUACUAUAGUAUAUAAAAUUAAAGAUAAAAUUUUGAAUAAAAUUUAAGACAAUGUUUAAAAAAAUAAAUUACAUGGGAAAGUGUUUUUAGAUUAAGGUGCUCUUAAGGAUUUUCAGUUUCUUAAAUUAUUGGAAAUUAUUGUGUUAGAUAAGGAGAUUUACUAACUUUUUAGUCUGAUGAGUAUAAUUUUUUAUUUUUUUUAAUUAAUUAAUUAAAUUUAAGAAAUAAAACAUUAUUAUAUGAAUUCGAAAUGGAUUAACAUUUUGAACGAAAAAUAAAUAAUUUUUCUAUCUAAACAGCUCUUUUAUACACUAGUAGUGAUGGUAUAAGAAAAAUUAGAUGUCAUAAUUAUAUAAUUCCUUUAUCUUCUGAUAUAUUUGAUAUUUACAAUUAAGCAGAUUGUUAGGUUUUGACAGCUUAUAUAGCUAAGGUUAGUUCUAAUAGUUUAUAUAAUUAAAAUAUCUUGUAAAUUAGAUAAAAUAUUAUUGAAAUCACACGAGCCUUAUUUAACUUCCUUUGUAUAUUUUAGGAAUUCUUAAAAAUUCAGUGUUUAACUGUUAAUAUAGUAAAAAGAUAUUUAUUUAUUUAUAUAAAAAAUUUAAUUUAAGUAAAGCAUAUAACUACUGAUAUAAAUAAUUGUUUGAGGAUAUUUUUUAAUAGUGUAAAUGUAGAAGAGAUGGUAUUACAUUUUGUUCCAGCCUUAUUUUGUAUUGAUAAUAUGUAAGAUAAAAGUAUUGUAGAUAGUAAAGGAUAAUAUAUUUGUCCUAAAUAAAUGAUUACAUCUUUUAAUUCUUUAGGUAAAACUGCUUAUUUAAUGGAUACAGGAACUGUCUUAAUUAUGUAUAUUAAUAAAGA